CCGGAAGUUCUUCGUAAGUCUUGAAAACAGUGCGACGCUGAGUGAAAGAAGUGUACUUUAACGCUUCAUUUCUGGACUAAAUCUCUGUUUUCCGGGUGCUGAGUCAGCAGGAAGUCAUGGCUCACAUCACCAUCAACCAGUACCUGCAGCAGGUUUACGAAGCCAUCGACAACCGCGAGGGUUCCUUCUGCUCCGAGCUGCUCUCCUUCAAACACCCGCACGUGGCCAACCCGCGGCUCCAGCUGGCCAGUCCAGAAGAGAAGUGUCAGCAGGUUCUGGAGCCACCGUACGACGAGAUGGUGGCUGCUCAUCUCAGGUGCACCUACGCGGUGGCCAAUCACGACUUUGUUGAGGCCUACAAGUUCCAGACACUUGUCGUUCAAUCCUUCCUGAGAGCCUUCCAGUCCCACAAAGAGGAGAACUGGGCUCUGCCUGUGAUGUUCGCUGUCGCUCUGGAUCUCAGGAUAUUCGCCAACAAUGCAGAGCAGCAGUUACAGAAAAAGGGCAAAGGUCAACCUGGUGAGAUGUUGGAGAAAGCAGCAGAGCAGUUGAUGAGCUGCUUCAGAGUGUGUGCCAGCGACAAUCGUGCAGGAAUCGACGACUCUAAAAAAUGGGGGAUGAUGUUUCUGAGUAACCAGCUGUUUAAGAUCUACUUUAAGAUCAAUAAACUUCACCUGUGUAAACCUCUGAUCAGAGCCAUCGACAGCUCUAAUCUGAAGAACGACUACAGUCCUGCUCAGAGAGUCACGUACAGAUACUACGUGGGCCGCAAAGCCAUGUUUGACAGUGACUUCAAGCUAGCGGAGGACUUUCUCUCCUUCUCCUUCCACCACUGUCAUGGAUCCAGUCAGAAGAACAAGAGGAUGAUUCUCAUCUACCUGCUGCCUGUCAAGAUGCUGCUGGGUCACAUGCCGAAUCAUCAGCUCCUGAGGAAAUACGACCUGAUGCAGUUUGCUGAUGUUACUAAGGGCGUGAGUGACGGGAACCUGCUGCUGCUCAACGAAGCUCUGUCCAAACACGAGACCUUCUUCAUCCGCUGUGGGAUCUUCCUCAUCCUGGAGAAGCUCAAGAUCAUCACCUACAGGAACCUCUUCAAGAAAGUGUACCUGCUGCUCAGGACUCACCAACUGCCUCUGGACUCGUUCCUGGUGGCGCUGAAGAUGAUGAAGGUGGAGGACGUGGACGUGGACGAGGUGCAGUGUAUCCUAGCUAACCUCAUCUACAUGGGUCACAUCAAAGGUUAUAUCUCACACCAGCAUCAGAAGCUCGUCGUCAGUAAACAGAAUCCAUUUCCUCUCUCCUCCAUCUCCUAGACUACGUUACCCACAAUCCUCUCUGGCUCUGUAAAAAAGAAAGUGUUGAAUAAAACAGCUGAUGUUUGUA